CAUAGUAACAACCGGAUGAGUCUGUUAUUGUGCCAGUGAAAUCAGUUCUCUGGCUUUCGUUUCUUCAGAUAGACAAACUUAAAAUGCUUCAGCCACGUGAAGACAACGAAAUAUCGGAUAUUUACAAUAAAAAAUGCGACAUUUCAACAUUUACAAGAAGGAUGAUAUAUUCUACUUAUUACCAUUUAAUAAUGUUUACCACAAUCUUGUUGACUAUGGUCCACAUCGAAACUUCCCAAGCAAUUAAUCAGUCUUAUCAUGUGAGUCCGACACCAAGUUUGCCAGCAAUAACCGGGGAUGAUAUUACCACGGUACUCUUGGUAAAUAACGAAUCAGGGCAUGUGGCCGAUUUUCAUGGAAGGUUCUUAACAGUACGCCCAGAAAUAGGUGUUUUAACAUCAACUGCCAGAACAUUUAUUCAGGACGGAAUAACAACAGAAUUUGCCACCAAGAUUUUGGGGACUACUUUAAAUAAUGGUCGCCUUUACGCACAAUACCUAAAAAAAAGUUCGAGAGUUCUUUAUGAAAACGAAAAUGUAGCCCCUUCUGUGGUUACUAGUUGGGUAGGUGAAGAAGCUUCUCUUCAAACACCGCUAUUCUUACAAAGCCACAACGAUCUUUUUAACUUUGAUGACUCUGACUGGCAGAAUAUUGACGACAGUAUAGGUGUUCAUCAGCGAGAGUUCGUGGGUAAUACGGAUUUUGUGAUCGAGCAAAGCACAAAAAUAAAAGAUCUAGAAGCUCCCGCUUUGCAAGAUGACAAAAUAAUAACAUCUAUGGAAUAUGACUGCAACGAUACGUUGAAGAUUGACUUAAAAAAGGAAGAUGAAAUGAAUAGAUUGAUUGAGGUUUUAUCAAUUAAACAUUUGCAGACAUAUACAGUUAAUAGGCCUGACGGUAGUUUUACUACUUUGACGUUAAACCAACUCGCGAUCGACCCACAUGCUCCAAUUAAAGAAAUCAAAUAUGAACGCCUGAUGCAACCGCAUACAGAAAAAAAUAUGGAAGAUCAUAACCAAAAAAAUCGAUCCGCCCGCAAGCAAAUCUUAGCUACCGUUACGUAUUACGGCUUCGCUGAUUUUACCACCAUUGUCGGUGAUAGCGUAAUAGUUUUUUCUCCUAGUACUACAAAAAGCAGCCUGCAUUACGGACACGUUACAUCAAUAACAGGCAAGCCCACUUUACAUCAUGAUUCAAUUCCCGAAGAAAUCGUUCAUACUAUUGAAAAAGCUGAGAGUACUUUAACGAUGGGUACUAGUUCCCAAAAAUAUGCAGAUUUAGGGUCUGAUAUUAGUGCAAGUGAAAUGUUUAAUGAAAAUUAUUCGAAAAACUUAUUUGAUUUGAAACCUAACAACCCGUCAACUACAUUUGCCUUCAAUUUAUUUGACGAAAAGCAGGAUGCCAGUUCGGUGUUAUCUAAAGAAAUAGUUCCAUUGGUCUCCAAUCCUUUUAAGGAUCUUAUAUCACCCUCUAAUGUUACUAACGCUAUAUUGAAAGAAGAAACGAAGCAGCUUGAACCUAGCAUUACAAAGCAUGAAGGCGCUACAACUGUGUUUAUUGAUGAUGAUCCCUUCACUAGUUUUGAUAGGAUUAUUGAUUCACCGAGCUUAAAAUUGGAUUCCGCUAACCAAAUAAAAUCUAUUAAACUUAAUCAAAUAUCAAAGAGUGAUAAAAUCCAUGAGACCGUGACACAUCAAACUAAUAUAAACAUUACAAACAGCAGCUUGGAUAUUAAUCAAGUGUUUGAAACAAGUAAUGAAAAUCGUAACAUUGAGGAACUAUGCAACCAUACAACUUCACAAGUUUUCCUUACUCAAAUGACUAAGGCAAACAAAACAAACAAGGAAAAUAGUGGUAGGGAUACCAUUGUUAUUAAUGCUAAUCCACUUCGUGCUUACGAAAUUGUAGAGACUACCAAAUAUUAUUGCAUACAAGCUUCACAAUCAAAACAAAACCAAGAAUUAAAUAUCAUCAGUGUUUCCCACGAUACUGUUACUAGGUCGAGUGGAGAAUUCAUAUCAACUAAUUUAAUAAAUACUGACAUAGACGAAACAACGGUUCAAGAUUUACAGGAAUAUGAGGUGACCGCAGAAAACGAAUAUGAAAGCGAAGAUGAAGAAUAUGAAAGUGUUAGUGAUGAAGUUGACCUAAUAUAUAAAACCCUAUAUACAACUUAUACUUACUUAACCACAUUCUUUGAAGGGUCUAGAACUACCAUAUCUAGCCACACUGAAGUAUUAACAAACAUCGUUUCCUCAACAUUUUUGCCUGAGAGUAAAUUAAAAUCCAACACUUUAAAUUAUAUAGAAGAAAACCAGAUUUCUGGGACUGCAUUUUCGCAGAAGUAUACUAUACCGGAUGAAAUUGCUAGUCUAUUAUCCCAGGAAAGUAAAGUAAAUACCGCUGAGAGUUCUAAACAGAUGAUGACCACCUAUCUCGACGAUUUAAAAUAUACUAAGACCUUGUUUACAACAUAUACAUAUUAUACAUCGAUUUUUACAAAUAACGAAACUGCCGUACAAUCACGAACAGAGAUUGUCAGCAAUUAUAUUACCAACAAUGAGCCAAACUAUCAAACUAAUAUUAUAAGUAUCAGCAAUUCCAAAACUACAACAAAAACUUUUUUAAAAUCUCUGUAUUCUUUAGUAGAUAAUAAAAUCUAUGACGUAGACAACACGACAUUUGGAAUAAGAGUAAACUCGAGCAUUGUAAGUGAUUUAAGUCCAGCUAGUUUUAUUAACCAAAAUUUCCCUGAAGACCAAGUAAGUUCGGAAAGUAACACAGAGGAGAUUAUACCGUCUGCAACGUUUCUUCUACAAACCAGUUUUACAACAUUUACAUUUUAUACAACUAUGUAUGUAGGGGAUGAAACAAGUAUUAUAAGUCGACAUGAGACUGUUACCAAUGUAGCUACCGAAACUUUGCAGCCCACAAAAUUAAUAAGUGUAGAGGAUUCCUCUUUCCCGAUUACUUAUUUUACAACAUUUACUUAUUGGACAAAGUUGGCUAGAGAUGGGGAGAUUACAACAUUAAGCAGAGAGGAAACGUUAUCCAAUGUAAUACAACACAGUAAUGGUACAACUUUGGCCGUUAACGAUAAGUCAUCAUUAGCAGAUGAGGUGUCAAGUUGGUCGACCGCGACUGAUAGCAAUACCCAAAAUAAUCAGGAUUCCAAAUCUGACAUUACCACAUUCUAUACAACAUAUACAUAUUAUACUACUUCGUACGACGUUAAUGCGACUUUUAUUGAUUCGCGUCUGGAAACCAUUACCAAUAUAAUGACAUCCAAAGAAAUGUCUAAUCCAAUGGAAGUCACAGAUGCAACCAUGAUCAAACCAAGUCAGCCCAUUGCUAAUUUUGAAAAUCCAAUCGAAACCCAUAAUCCGAAUGUUGUUUUGUAUGAUUUUAGGCAAAUAAUUGAUGCUGAAAAAAUAAGUACUUUGUAUUUUACAACGGAAAUUGUGUCGUCAAUAAAUAGUGAGGGACAUGAUAUUAAAGUAACCAGUAGCACAUCAAGGUUACACGUUGACCAGUCGAAAAAAUCUAACUUGCCCAUCUUUGGCAACAUCCCUGAUGACGGCUUAUCAAGCAUAAAUUUGUAUAAAACGGGCUUAGUAAGGCUUAUUGAAGGAAAACGCAUACAAAAUAGUACAACCACCUUAUACCAGUCUCGAGUUAUAGGAACUGUAAUAGACAAUCGAUACGCGCAGAUAAUUGAAAGUACAUCUAGUUUUUUCUUUGACAAAACAAUGUCUGACCAUAUUUUGCUCCCGACAAGCGUUAAAAUUUCUGAUAUGAAUACUAAAAAUGUAGACUUAAUUGAAAUAAUAGAAUCUACCAAAAGUGAAAAUGAUAAAACAGCUGUUGCUUAUAAACCCCUGACAAACAGUAAUCCAGAAUUGGUUAACAUUGACGGGAUAUCAAAUCAUUCACCACAAAAUGCAAAACGACCGUUUGCACCAGUAAUUCGGCCGUUUGCCUCAAGAAACCGGCCCACAUUCGCACCAAAACAAAAAACACUAGUCCCUAGUAGCGCUACUAUUAUUACAAGAUCCGACAUCACACCUACUAUAACGGCAACACCUGCGUUAAAAUCAACAGGUAGAUAUGCCACAUCUCGUAGGGGUAUUAUUUCUAAUGUUCCAAUAAAUUCCAACGAACCUAACUUAUCGCAGAGUCAGUUAUCCAGGCGCCUGUUUGGGCGACCAAGUAAGUCAUCGUCAGAUUUAAUCGAAGCGAAUGGUACUCUUCAGUCUAGCAACGCAUUUUUACCAUCAAAGACCCGGUUUGCUUCAGCUUUUCGCCCCAUCGUUAGUUCCAGGCGACAAAAUAUUAAUAUUUCUUAUCGAUCAUCAAGUUUUCCUGUGUUUCGUGGGUCUGGAGUUAUAACCAACUCAAGGUUACGCAUAAAGCCAACUAGCUCAGGGCUAGUAUCAAUCUAUAGACCGACACAGUCCACAACGAUCGUUGCGGAGUCAAGCUCGGAAGGUAGCGAUGAAGAGGAUAUUUCAACCGAUGAAGUAGUGAAUGUGGAAGAAGGAAUCAAUAACAAUAACAACAGCCCGUUACUGCGCUUUCGUCGGCCCAUAAAUUCGCCCAGUGGAUUUACUCCUCAAAUUCGACAGACUGGCGAUUCGCCAGCAGUUUCGCUCAGACGAAACCCGCUAUCACCCCGACCAAAAACUACAAGUAGUACAACAACAACGACUGCCAAGCCAAGGGCGCGUAGUUUUCAGCGACCUAUUGGUCCUCAUCCAAGAUCAAGACCACAAAACACACUUUUUCCGCCAAGAAGCCUUUUUCAAAGUCAGCUAAACAAUGAAAACCUUAAGGCAGUUAGGACAAACGAUAGUGUAUUUAACAAUGAUUUUGAAUAUGAAGGUGUCGAGGAACAAGAUGAAGUGAAUGAUGAAAUUAUUCAUCGAAGAAAGCGGUCUAUUAAAAAUGCUGCUUUUUUCACCACUAGAUAUCGAGUGCGUCGGCAAGCGGAUACAGUAAGGAGAAAUAGAUUCAGAUUUCGUCGACAAAACCAGACAGUAACUACCAAAGUUGAGUCAAAGCUUAUGGACUCCGACGAUAAUACUGAGACUAUCUUGACCCAUCGCGAUAAGUCUAGUUCUAGAUUUGGAUCAAGAUUUCAUUCUCCCCAGGCACAUCAAUUAUACACGCAGGCAUCAAUCGUAGACUCAACAACAGGAACCAAACAUAGAUCGAUUCGCCCAAGCAGACCGACAACAAAGCGACCACAAUUUACGUUGAGAGAGAAAGAUGCUAAUUUAAAAGGCACUGCAUCUAAUAACUUUCGACGUCAACCAGCAAGUGGAAAUUCUUCAAAAAGACGCCCUGUUGGAAAUUCUGGAAGUUCAAAUAGUCGUAGACUAAAAAGCUAUGCAAACUAUAACAAAAAUAAUUUAGAUAACGGGCGACAAUCCACUUCAACCCGUUCACGAAACUUGAAUUCUAAUACAUUAAAUAGAGGAAGAAGUCGUGGUCGAAAUCGAAUCGAAUACGCAUCUGAUUUACAAUCCGUGGAAAAUGAACUUCAAAGUAUCACAGUUACACAUUUUAUACCAUCUGAGGUCGCAGUACCUGUAGUAAACGGACAUGUAACUGAGUACAAAAACAUUGUCACUGCCAAAUCAAGCACCGAGAUUGUGGGUCCAAAUGAGUUUGCAGUAGUAUUAGGUACAAACGGGAUCAGUUCCACAUAUCUAAAUCGAGAAACGUCUAUUAUAAAUAUUGCUGGGGCUACCGAACAAACAAAAUAUUUAUUGCAUGAAUCUAUCACAAGUUCUGUAACUUUUACACCAACCACUAUUCGAGGAAGAAAGACAUCCUUUUCACAUAUUAUUCCAUCUACAGCGUAUUCUGUAGAGUACAUUGUAACUACAAUACAGCCUCAAAUUACUGAAAACGCACCGCUUGCCAACAUUUUACUUUCCCAAUUGCUUUUAGGAAACUUAAACUUACCUGCUCAUCCCUUGAUUGGGGCUGUCGGACAACAAAACGUCCCAUCCGCUGCAAUUCCCACAUCUGUUGAGCCUAUCACUGAGUAUCGAACCCACACUUCAACAUAUCUUACUACAAUAUUCGACGGGAAGUCUACUAUUCUUCCAGUAACAUUUCAAGGAAAAAAGAUUUUAACUACUGUUUAUGACACUACCGCACAGACUAUAACAGCUACAGAAUAUAGUGUGGAUACCAUAAUUAACACUAUCCCAUCAGUUCAAAGUGUGCAUACUGUUGGACCGGCGGCUAAUGUAAAUAAUUUGUUAUUGCAGCACUUACUUAUUCAGCAACAGCAGGAGUCACUCGCCCAAGCUAUAUCAAAUACUACACCGUCACAAGUAUUGUUAGGUGAAAACCUGCAAAUUUUGGACGAUGGGACUCGGUCUUCAAUAAAAUCGGAUGCCAUCGACAUUAUUGAAUAUGAUUCGGAUUUGGUGUCGGUCAGUAAUGAGCCUCAAGUAACCAAAAGCCAUCGAAAAAAAUCACGAAAAACAAGCAGUGGCAAUAAGAGAAGUAAGAAUCAGGAACCCAGUGUUAUAACACUUUAUGUAUCGGGCCGCAGACCCGGCGAAUUCAGUACUGUAUUGUCAACUGUGAGAAGUGAUUAUGAUCACUCUGUUUCAUUGCAGAAAAGGCACGCAAUUUUAGAAAUACAGCCAACAAAUUCUAUGAAUUAUGUUUCUAACACCGAAAAGAGCAAAAAUAUAAUUGAAAAAAAUUUAAUAUUUAAAGAUCUAAGAAGUUCUUUGACAAAUGAGUUUGGAUUUAACGAAUUUACCGAUCAAACUGCAUCAUUAGAAAGCAUUGUAGGUGAUGUGCAUCUUUGGUUUGCGAAUUCUAAUGGACAAUCUACAACGAUGACAACAUCAAUAAAAUCUGUAGUUAUUUAAUUUAUAAAUUUAAAAACCCCUAUGCUUCUUUAAAUUAGUUAAAGGCAGAUUGUUACUUUAUUUUUACAAAAAAAAAAAAACAAAUAAAUAAGAAUGUAAGCGAAAUAAUUCCUGCCAAUCUUUGCAAGAUGUCCAAAUACUAGUCAAAGAUAAAUAUAGUAUCACUAGGAACUUCUUCAAUACCCAACUAUGCGACUAAGCAACUCUGAAUUUCAUAAUAGAAGUCCAUUUAUGGGAUUUCAAAACGUGUUUAAUUUUUUAACAUCAUAAUAAACCUAAAACUGAUUCGAUUCGCUUUUUUUCUGACAAUCGCAUUAAUCGCCCAAAAAAGACUCAAAUAUUGCAAUGCAUAUAUAAUAAAUCGAAAUAAAUGUUAAUGUUGAAAUAAAGAAAUGUGACAAUGUAGAUAAUAUAUAA